AUGGCAUGUCCCCAAGGAGCUAUUGGUGAAUAUGAAGAGCUUAGAGCAGAAAACAAGAAAACGAAAGAAGAGUGUGACAAAAUCAAGCAAGAACGAGAUGAGGCUGUCAAAAAACUGGAGGAGUUUCAGAAAAUUUCUCACAUGGUUAUUGAGGAAGUAAACUGCAUUCAGAACCAUCUUGAAAUUGAGAAGACGUGCCGUGAAAGUGCUGAGGCUUUGGCUUCUAAGCUGAACAAAGAAAAUAAGACCUUGAAGAGAAUUAGUAUGCUCUAUAUGGCAAAACUGGGCCCAGAAAUUAUCACUGAAGAGAUAAACAUUGAUGAGGACGAUUCAUCCACAGAUACAGAAGCUAACUCUGGAUCAUGCAAUUCUGUGCAUUGCCAGCAGCAAAUAAAAGAGCUGCGAGACCAAAUCAUAUCUGUUCAUGAGGAAAAGAAGACCUUAGCCAUUGAACUGGAAAACCUGAGGUGCAAACUUGUAGAAGUAAUUGAAGAAGUGAAUAAAGUGAAAGAAGAAAAGGCUGUUUUGACAACAGAAGUUAAUAAGCAGCAAAAACUGUUGGAGAAAUGUAACAGAG